AUGUCCUGGACCAAAUGUAAGGAACAAUACAACCGCAGUACUGCACGCAAGGAAACGGUUGACAGAGUGAAGAAAAAGUUAUUCGGAAACUUGACAACUGCAGUGGAAAACUACAUCGUUUGUCAAGGAGCUUCAGAACUUGAACUGGAAACUUCAGUCAUAGUCAUUGAUAAUAACGCUGAUAGUACUACUGACGCUACUGAUGUCGUGGAAAUCGUGGAACAAAAAAUCUCAAGAAAGAGAAAAAGGUGCCCUGGAAAGUGGCAGAAAAUUGCGAGGAAAAAUAUAAGAGAGGCUGGUGAAGAAUAUGUAAAUAUUAAAGGAAAAAAUUGUCCAGGAAAACGGGUCCAAGCUGGAUGUGACCAAAAGUGCCCAUACAACUGCUCAGCCAAUUUUUCAGAACAAGAAAGAGAGGACUUGAAGACGGCGUUUUAUUCAUUAAACGAUGCUCAGAAAAAUAAAUAUAUAUAA